AUGGCUCAUGCUCGUGAAGAUCCCUUUUACAACAUCCCAGACAUAGUUACAAAGGAGCUACAGCAGAUACGUUCGAGCAUUUCUCUACUGGAGGUGAAGUGCACGGAGGUAGAGAAAAAGUGCGCGAACCUGCAAUCAGAGAACGCUCUUCUGCGAGAACAGCUCCUGAAAACCACUCAGCUGCUUGCUAACUAUCCUACUAGCAGAGACUACGACACACUGAAAGCAUCAAUCACACAGGUAUUAAACAAUCUCUGGCAGCCGACGGCUCCGUUUAUAAAUCAGCUAAAGCAACAGUUACUCUCCGAAUUGCAAGAAUCCCUCCAAGACUUUUCUCCAAAGGAUAGAGUCUCCAAAGGCGGUUUAAGUGUUGCACUGGCAGAGCAAAUUGCGCUGGAGCUGUCCCCUAUCUAUGCCAAGAUCAGCUCCAUCGAAGAGGCACUACAAAGCAAGGCGAACAAGCGCACUGUCAUAGCAACAAUAAAGCAGCGCUUUGAAGAGAUUGCCGGCAUGGUUACCUCUCUCCAGGAAUCCCUUGCUGAUGUUAUGAGUGAGAAGGCAGAUGCAGAGAGCGUGUCAGACGCAUUGCUUGCAAAGGUAGAUAUCACCAGGUUGCCUGCAAUUCUCGAUCCCUACCUAAAAGCAGAGACCUUCAAUCAAUUUAAGCAAGAAGUAUCUGCAGACGAUGGUAUACUGAGUCGCAUGUCUAAGAUAGAAUUGAAAAUUAUCGCUCAGCAGCAAGCACUCGAAGAAACUAUUCGCACGAGCGUUUCUGUAGUAAUGGAUAAGCUUCAGGAGCAAAUCAGCGAGCUAGAAGUACUGGUGAGGGCCAAUACGGCCACCAUAUCUAAAGCCUGUGCAUCGGCAGACGCUGCCAUGGCAGAUGUCAAAUUGCUGCGUUCAGAUGGUCCUGAGGAAACCACUAAGACCUACAGUCAAAUACUCCGCGAAAUACAAUCUUUUGGUUCUCGCCUAUCUAACAUAGAGGCAGACAUUAUCCGAAAGGUAGACCAUCUUGAUUUCCAAGCCAUGCAAAGGCGAACUCAAGCACAACUCAAUGCCGAGCGGUCCCUUUCACAAGAUCACAAUCGUCCAACUGUUGGACAAGUACGUCAAAUGAUUGCAGAGUCCAUUGAUGCUGUUAUUUCUCACAGGUCCAAUGAUAACCUAUAG